GACACAGAAUCUGAAACGGGCUCCAGGCUCUGAGCAGUCAGCACAGAGCCCGAUGCAGGGCUUGAACUCACAGACCGUGAGAUCAUGACCUGAGCCGAAGUCGGAUGCUUAACUGACUGAGCCACCCAGGCGCCCCCCCUUAUUAUCCUUUUAAUGUUUGUAGGAUCUGUAGUGAGGUUAUUUCUUUCCCAAGUUUGGUAGGUUCUUGCUCAGUUUGGCUGAAGUUUUAUCAAUUUUAUUGUUGUGGUUUUUCCAAAGAACCAGCUUUUGGUUCAUCAGUUGUUCUGUUUGUUUUAUUAUAAACGCCAUUGUUUUCUGCUCUCUAUAGACUUCCAUUGCUUACUUUGGGUUUAAUUCACCUUUUUUUUUUUUUUUUUAAGUUUAUUUAUUUAUUCUGAGAGGGAGAGAGGGCAAGAAUCCCAAGCAGGUGCCACAUGAUCAGUGCAGAGCCAGUGCAGGGCUCGAACUCAUGAGUCACGAGAUCACGACCUGGGCUGAAAUCAGAAGACGCUUGGCAGACUAAGCCACCCAGGCACCCCACACCCUUUUUUUAAGGUAGAAACUUAGGUCACUGAGACCCUCUUUUCCAAAUAUAAGAAAUAUGUAUAGACAAACAUAAGAAAAUUGGGAAAAAACAGUGCAAAAGCAAUUAACGUAUUGGAAAUUAAAACUGAAUUUUUACUUACCAAUUUUCUGACAUUUGCACUGUUGCUUUUCACAGUUGUUUUCUACUAUAGUUUUUUUUUAAAUUCUGAUAAUACAAAUAAUACAUGCUGUUAAAUUUCAAAUUAUGUGGAAUUGCGUUUGUUAGGAUAAGGCAUAGCAAAUGAUCACAAAAUCCUUGCAGCUUAACACAACAGACUUUUAUUUCUUGCCUGCACCAUACAUUCACCAUGGGUCAUCAGCGGCUUUGCUCCACACGGUCACUCAAGGACCCAUGUCGACAGAGGCUUCACCAUCUUGAGCUAUUACCAUCUGGAACACACGGCCUUUAUAUUCCCUAUGGCAGAAGAGAACACUGAAGGGGGUUCUAUGCAAUUAAAUGCUUUGGCCUCAUAGCCCUUUAGCCAGAAAUAGCCACUUCACAGGCUAAUCCUAACAAAGAAGUGAAAUCUUUCUGUGGGCCUAGAAGCCGAGAAGUAGGUAGGAGUGAAUACUGUAAAUCUAUACUCCAGGAAAAAAUAGAGAUUACUUCUCAUUCUGCUGUGAGAUAAUCCCUACCUACUUCCUGUAUUCCUGCCUGGCCUUUCUGACCUUCUUCAUGGCCAAUCUUAUGUUUGGGGUUGGUGGGAAUUACUCCUGUGAUCUGAUUCAUAUGUGAUUCAUAUUUUGUUCUACCUUUGCAGCUCUAACAUUUUAUAAGUAUGUGAAUGAGACGUGUGAAAGGGCAAAUCAAGAAUCCUUUGCUACAUGAAAAUUUCACAUUUUUAAAACCUUGCUUUAGAGUAUCUCUGAAAGAUACAUAAGUAACUGGUAACCAUGGUAUUAUCUAGGGAGGGAACUGUACUGGACAGUGAUUAGUUGGGGGUAAGGGUGGGCAGGAUGAAUAAUUUUUACAGCAGACACUUCUGUUGAGUUUUAUACCGUGUAAAUUACAUUACCUAUUUAAAAAAAAAACACGGAAAAUCUUAUUUUCUGCAUUGUCUUUCUAUAUUGAAUUAUACCAUGUAAAUGAAUAAAAACAUCGGUUUCUUCAAAAGUUGUCAGAGUCAAAUGACAUUUUGUUUUUUUCACUGAAUUUUGACAUAUCAAGUAAGGACCGUAUCUUGAAAAGUUUAUUUACUUUUCAGAAGAAUAAAAUUACAUUAUCCAAGUAGAUCAGUUAGUUACGGUCCUUUGGGUACCAGUAAUCAACACAGUCACUUUUACUUGGAUGUCACCUUUUCAGAAAGCUUUUUCAUGUACAUAGAUUGGGUCCCUUUUUACAUUUCCAGUUGUGAGUUGAGCCAUAAUGAGCUUACUGUCCGCUCCCACCUUUAUCAGUCAUCCAGCCAGAAAAUGUGCUUAUUAACACCUGAGCCUCUUUCCUCAUGGGGAAAAAUCUAUACCUUCCGUGAUUAUUGUAAGGGGAAGGCGGAAGGUAUAUAAACCCCUGGACAAGGCUCAAUACAUUCGUUAUUUAGCCACAGGCUUGCCUCCGUUCAUUGGUUUCAGCAAAUCUAACUACAGUGCCAGUUCCAAUUUCUGUAUGAGAGUAGACCGGAAUGUCAAUCCUGCUCCCCUUUGCAUACCGCUGUUUAAUGCAAAUCGUUCUGUCAAGCUUUUCUGAGAUUGCAUGGUGCAACUAUUUGAUUAUAAUAUUACGUAUACACCUUUUUUAUUUUACUCUCAAACUCUCAUGUAUGUACACAGGACUUUGUAAAAGCUACAUGAUGUACGAUAUUGCAACUGAUUAAAUGUAGAUAAUUGAGCAGCCUGCUAUUGAGCUAGACACCAGAGCAGUCUGUGAAAUGUGAAAAAAAAAUGCCACUCGGCUCCCUAAAUCUUUUUUGUUUGGUAAAACACAGUAGUCUUUCAUUAAAAAAAAAAAAAUGUUCCUUAUGUUAAUAUGCAACAAGUGUCAAAAGGUCCUGAAACCAAACAGUUGGAGAACUUCUGGUUUGGACUCUGAAGCCCGGGAGCGAACACUGCAAACAAGGUUUUAUCAAAUAGGUGCCAUGUUACGUCUACACAUAUCUCAGGGUCUUUGGGAGACUUCAACCUAAAUGUAUCCCCUUUCUUCCUUUUCCUGGAAAAAAAAGAAUAUAAGCAGUUAAUUAAUGCCACAGAAAGUUAUAGUUUUUCUAGGCAGAGAACUAGAGCCAGUAGAUGACACUGAACUCCCAUUAAGAUGGCUAUAAAUGAUGGUUAUUUUUGUUUUCUAUCUUUCACACAGAGCUUGUUCACACUGGUAUGCCAGGUACCAAGAGUAAGAUCACUGAAGGCAGUAAAAUUGAAAUUGGAAGACUGUCAGCCAAGAAAGACCUACUAGAGGAAGCAGAGGAUGGAAAAUAAAGUGAAGCAGUGUUUUGUGGUGUGUAUUUCAGCAGGCCUUCUGCAGUUCAACUAAAAACAUGACUGCUCUUUCUUCCGGGAACUGCUCUUUUCAGUACCAGUUACGUCAAGCAAAUCGGUCCCUAGAUGGUAACUGUCUGCUAUUCUUGAUAAUACUUGGGAAAGUAUUACUAAAUACCCUCACACUAGGAAUGAGAAGAAAAAACACCUGUCACAAUUUUAUGGAGUAUUUUUGCUUUUCACUAGCAUUCAUUGAUUUUUUACUUCUAGUAAACAUUUCCAUUAUAUACUACUACAGAGAUUUUGUACUUUUAGGUGUUAGGUUUACUAAAUACCACAUCUGCCUAUUUACUCAAAUUAUUUCAUUUACUUACGGUUUUUUGCAUUAUCCGGUUUUCCUGAUAGCUUGUAUAGAUUAUUACCUGAAUUUCUCUAAAACUCCAAAGCUUGCAUUGAAAUGCAAAAAAAAAUUUUAUUUCUUUACAGUAAUUUUAAUUUGGAUUUCAGUCCUUGCUUAUGUUUUGAGGGAUCCAGGUAUCUAUCAAAGCCUGAAGGCACAGAGUGUUUAUGCUUAUCAAUGUCCUUUCUACAUUAGCAUUCAGAGUUACUGGCUGUCAUUUUCCAUGGUGAUGAUUUUAUUUAUGGCUUUUAUAACCUCUUGGUCAGAAGUGAUUGCCUUGGUGCAGGCUGUUAGGAUGACUUCCUAUAUGAAUGAGACUAUUCUGUAUUUUCCCUUUUCUUCCCAUUCUAGUUAUACUCUGAGCUCUAAGAAAGCACUCUUGCCCAAGUUCAUUAUCUGUUUUCUCGGUACCUGGCUACCAUUUGUACUACUUCAAGUAAUUAUCCUUCUACUUAAAGUACAGAUUCCAGCAUAUAUUGAGAUGAACAUUCCGUGGUUGUACUUUGUCAAUAGUUUUCUCAUUGCCACAGUUUACUGGUUUAAUUCUCACAAGCUUAAUUUGAGAGAUGUUGCAUUACCUGCGGAUCCUUUCGUCAACUGGAAAUGCUGCUUCAUUCCACUUACAAUUCAUAAUCUUGAGCAAAUUGAAAAGCCUAUAUCAAUAAUAAUUUGUUAAUGUUGCCAUGUGAAAACUAAUUCAAACUGACAACUACAAUAAGAAUCGUAACUUUACAAAUGGGAAAGAAUGAUGACUCAGGACAUACAAAGAUUGAACUGAAACCGCCCCCGACCCACCCCAUGCCUCCAGCCCCAACUUUCAUACCUUUUCACAAUGUGUCUUUUGGGACUAUGGUAUUAAAAACAAAAUAAUUCCAAGAAAAAUGUUUAUGCCUGUUCUGGAACACUGCAUGUUGCAAAUACUAAUUUAGCAAAGAAGUGAAACGAGUUAAUAUUUGGCCAGUAAUACUGAUCUGUGUUACCCAAAAAAUUACUGGAUGCAAACUGUUAUGUAAAUCUGAGAUUCACUGCCAGUAACAUACAAAUGUAACUAAACACUUUUAUUAAAUUCAGAGCAAGAAAAUCAAGAUCAUUUUCUGAAAAUUAUUUGAUAUAAAUAUUCUUUAACAUAAGGGGAAGAGAGAGUAGCUCAAUUUAAAUUUACGUAAUUGAAAAAAAAAAUGAUCUCUGUUCUUAAUGCAGAUAAUCCUGGAAGAAAAGUUUUAGUUGCUCACCUUACAGAAUUGGGAGUAGUGACUAGGUCUCUUUCCAUGACAUACCAGAUUCAUUUUCAUUUAUAACUUGUAUGUCACAUACUUGCAUGUCAAAUCAUAAUCACAUUGGCAGUGUAUCACACUGUAAAAGUAAAGGAGGGCUUCUUAUCCUCAGCACUAGUCACAUUUUGGGUCGGAUAACUUUUUGUUGGAGACUGCCCUGUGCAUCGUAGGAUAUUUAGCAGCACCCCUUCCCUUUGCCCACUAGAUGCCAAUCAAAAUGUCUCCAGACACUGCCAAACUUACCUUGGUCGGCAGAAUUGCCCCCCUCUUGAGAACUGCUAGAGUAAAUCAAUCCAAACGGCAAAAUCAUCUGAAGUCACUUUGUUACAGAUUUUGUUUAAUCUGUCACAGUUUCUGAAUUUGGUCCCUUCUCUGUGUUACUAAGUGUACCACUUUCUAAUUCGCCAUUACAUAGGACUGAGAUACUUUUUUUAAAUAAAGUUUUUUAACUAUAUUUAUUUUUUGAGAGAGAGAAAUAGAGAGCAAGUGGGGGAGGGGCAGGGAGAGGGAGACAAUCCUAAGCAGGUUCUGCACUGUCAGCAGAGACCCCGAUGCAGGGCUUGAGCUCGUGAACUGGGAGAUCAUGACCUGAGCUGAAAUGAAGAGUCAGAUGCUUAACCGACUGAGCCACCCAGGAGCGCCCCAGGACUGAGAUACUUUAAAAUAUAUUGUACUUCGUUAGUAAAGAUUUACACUCUGCAGAUUUCAAAUAGGCAAAUUUGUAACUAUUUCAAAGCCCUCAUAAACUUAAAAAAAGAAAUUAUUCAAUAGACCAGCCAAAUGGAAGAGGCUUUUAUUUGUAAAGAAAUGAACUUACAACUGGUCUACAAUAUAUUAUUGUAAUAUAAACAAUAUAAAUAAAUGAUCCUGUAGGCCCACUAACCUUCCAUCCAGACCCACAUGAGGCAAUGUUAACAACAAUAUUCUAUGUGAAAAUGUGCAGGUAACAAAGGUGCAAUUACAAGCAAGUUUAAGCAGCAGAGUAUAAGGUGCUUUAAUUUAACAGUUAAUGUUGCCAUCAACAAACAUUUGAAUGUUCAAUUUUACUUCACUGAAUACAGACACAACAAAUAUGAAAAUCUAAAAUUCAUACACAUGCUACUUGUUAAUAUGAAAGUGCUUUCUCUUUUAAAAAAAUACACCAAAUGGACAGUCUUUUUACAUAGAUCAUGGUGUGCUCUUAUUAAUGCAAAAUUAACUUCAUUUUCAGGUUAUACAUUUUAAAAUGGUAGCUAUAGACACCAAUCUAGGAAUGCUAAUGCUAAGAGUGCUAAACUAUUUCAUUUCCUGUAAGGAGGACUGUAAUACAAUAUCCAAUGUAAAGAAUACAUGUAUAUAUAAUCUUAACAUUUGUUUCUGUAAAAGUAAAAAAGGUUUCCUUUCCCCUUGGUGACGCUCUGCUCAACCUGGAUGGAUCAGCUUUUGAGGUUAAUAUGAAAGUCCUAUGUUAGGAUAAUGGGAGGAACCAAAAGGAAUUAAAAAUCAGUUAACAUGUGCUUGAAGCAUCAAAAAAAAUCACAAUUUGCCUUUGUGAAAUCAAAAGACUUUUUUUUAACAAGCAAGACAAAAACAGUAAUUUAACAGAGGCUUGGCAUGCCUGCCUCUCCUCUGUCAGUGCCCCUCCUGCACACUGUCUACAAGUCCAGUCUGCACCACAGCUCACUCCUGACUCUGAGGACCGUUUUUAGAACUCACUUUGACUUUUUCCUAUGGAAAAAAACAAGACCAAGCUUUUGAAUGAAGUGAUUGGGAAUCUAGUUAAAUGUCUUGGAAAUGAAACAUCUAAAAUUAUAUCAUCUUUGCCCAGCCCGUUCAUUUUUUAAAAUUUAAAAAUACAUAUACAAAAGUAUGCAGUAGAUAUUUUAAUAGCAUAAAAUAUUUGAAAAAUUAGGUAAAUUAAAAUAUUUUAAAAGUACACUUUAACCAAUACCAUGGCAAAUUUUUUUAAACCCAGACUAUCUGGUUACUUGGAUGUCUGUGUUCUAUUUUCAAUCAGUUUUAGAUUCUAAUCUAUCAUGUAUCUGGACGUUUUCCUGCUUUAAAAAGCUGUGACUAUGAUGAAUAAAAGAUGUUUUUAAAUAUUAGGUAUUUUCAUUUUGUAUCUUUAUGGAGAAUGUUAGCAUCAAGUGAUGUUAAUCUGUUUCGCUGGGCCAACAGGAAUGACAACAUAAUUUCACAGGAUCCCCAAGUGGUAAGGAAACGUCACCCAAUUAAUGCCAUUCAACGUUUACUCCCCAAAUAGUUGUCAAUUCAAGCAUGGAAGGGUUUUAUGUUUACCAGUUAAAGGAAACCCUUUUCCUAUGUAAUACAUGUGUGCUCUCUAAAAAGUAAGUAUUUGUAAUAAUAAAAUUUUGUGUAAUUUCUUGCUUUAAAAGCAAAAGAGAAUAAAAAACCUGUUCAGCGAUCUUUUCAGUUGCAGAAAGUUACUUCACUGUCAAUAGUGGGUGUAAAGCUUUUGUAGUUAAAAAUGUAUAGUAAGUCAGCAUCGGCUUCUAUCUUUGUAUUGUUCUGUCACACACCCUGUAUAGCAACACUUCUGGAAUAGAUUCAAAGUGUCAAAAUAAUUCUGAGAAAUACGGGCUGUCACAAAAGUCUCAGAAUGUAGAUCCUUAUUAGGUGCCCUUGAUUUUAUAACCUAAUCAGGUUUAUUAUUGGCUGAUUUGUAUGUGAAAUGUGUUUUAGGAAUUGUGCUGUGAUUCACCAGACCACCCCCUACCCCCACCGCCCCGAUGUCAUCUAGCUAAAUACUUCACCCAGUGCAUAAAAGUUUCCCUCUCAGUUCGAUACAGUAAGUAAAUAAUGUCCAUGUUUGUUUUAAGCCACAAUUAGAAUUUUGUUUUGGAAGAUUUUGUUCACUUAUUACUAGUUCCUGUCAUAUAUA